AUGCAGCCCCAUCCUGAAGAAACUCUCCAUAUGGUAAAAAAGGAAGCAGAUGACUGCUCUGAUUCCCGUUACACAGGUCAUUUGCAGAGCACUCUUAAGGAACCUGUAGAAACUUCUUCUUUCUCAAAUGAGGAUAACUCUCAUGAUACAGGGGAUAUUGAUGACCAAUCAAUUGAAGAUUCCUCUAAACAGUUGGUCCUUUAUGAUGCUGUGGCUAAUGGUGCUGGUCAAAUUGAACCUGUUCCUCUACCUAUUCGGUGCCACCGUCCAUUUGGAAGAUACUCAGACCCGAAUGUUCCCUCAAGACUUUUGCCAUCUGUAGGAGCUUUUACCGUGCAAUGUGCCAAAUGUUUUAAGUGGAGGCUCAUCCCAACGAAGGAGAAGUAUGAAGAAUUACGCGAACAUAUUCUAGAAGAGCCUUUUUAUUGUGAAACUGCUCGUGAGUGGCGGCCUGAUAUAUCAUGUGAUGAUCCAACGGACAUUUCUCAAGAUGGGAGUAGGCUGUGGGCAAUUGAUAAACCUAACAUCGCUCAGCCGCCUCCUGGGUGGGAAAGGUUGCUGCGAAUCAGGGGCCAAGGAAGUACAAAAUUUGCAGAUGUGUACUAUCAAGCACCAUCAGGCAAGAGGCUUCGCUCAAUGGUGGAAGUCCAAAAGUACUUAAUUGAACAUCCAGAGUAUAUGAGAGACGGUGUAACUCUCUCACAGUUUUCAUUUCAAAUCCCAAAACCUCUGCAGGAAGACUAUGUGAGGAAGCGUCCUCGUAUAUCAGCUUCAUGUGAUGAUGCUAGACCUCUUGAAUCUGGUGAAGUUCUAGAAUCUGGGCUCUCUUCAAAGAAUUGCAAAAUUGAUUACACCAUAUUUGAGAUUUACUUUACUUUUGAGGUGAAAACUGAAACUGAUCUGUUCAAUAUCUGCAAUGAUAUGUGUCUUAUUACAUUAAGGCGAUGCACUCUUACUGCUCCAUGUAAGCAGGAGGGAAAUUUGUGGUCAACCCAUGAACCCCGUCAGCCCUAUUCGGGUUCGAUUGAUUCUGCAUUCAGAUCAUCUGGGUUUAAUGUGGUUCUGGAAUAUGAGAACUGCCCCAAGUGGAUUGCAGCAAAAUCCCUUACAUGGGAUGGUCCAGGUGAUCCUACAGAACUCAGGCUUGGCAGCCCAGCGUUCCUACCUUCACCCUCACCUUCACCAUCGAUAGAGUCCUCUGCUCUUUCCUUUGAUCGACCAGUAAAGAAGAAAGCAAGGACACCAGCGAAACAGAUUCACAGGACUAAUCCAGUGUGUAAUCAGGAUGAAGCAAAAGUUGAAGAGCCUGAUCAAUCUAUAAAUAGUGGGUCCAGGAAACACACCUUCAAGCAAUUGGCAGCAAAUCCCAUAGAGAUAAGAGCAUAG